AUGAUGCAAAAAAAAAAUGGAUCACAAUAUAUAAAUGGUCUUCAUUUAACAUUUUCAAUGACUGUUACUGAAAAAGAGCGUUAUGCUGAAUUUCGAAUGAUUAAUCUUGUUGAACAAUCUCUUCAACAUUUACGUUUGGGCGUUUUUAAUGUAUUACCAUCCACAUCACUUGAUUAUUUAAGUCCUGAAGAUUUUCGUCUUCUUUUAAAUGGUAUCGGUAAUAUAAAUGUAACAACAUUAGUGACAUAUACAACAAUUAAUGAUGAAAGUGAAACUACUGUACGAAUUAAUCAAUUUAAAAAAUGGUUUUGGUCUGUAUUAGAAAAAUUCAAUGCUGUCAAAAGACAAGACUUAGUUUAUUUUUGGACGAGUUGUCCAACUUUAUCCGCAUCAGAAGGUGGUUUUCUACCACAACUAUUAGUUAUAAUUCGUCCAGCUGAUGAUCAACAUUUAUCAACAGCAAAUACAUAUAUAAGUCGUUUAUAUGUUCCAUUAUAUUCUUCAAAAACUAUCUUAAAAUUAAAACUUAAAUAUGCGAUAAAAACCAAAAUGUUCGGUUUUGUAUGAAUAAAAUCUGAUUGACAGUAUUUUCUAUGUGUUCGCAUGUGUGUGUCUUGUUUCUAUUUAUUAUCCGUAUGUGUGUUAUAUUAACUGUAAAAAAAAACAAAACAAAACAAAAAAGAACCUACGAGAAAAAGAAAACAAUGAACAUACAUACACAUGACAUAUGUGGUCUUCAUUUUUCUCUCUUUUUUUUUCUUGUAAAGUUCUUUGUUUCGAUCCGUAGAUUGAAUAGAAUGGGUUUGGAUUUUUUUUGUGAAAAGGAGAUAUUGGCUUGAUGUUCUAGAAAAAUCUGAAAAGAUCACGAUGAUUUAUAUCAUCUGAUAUUUGCAAUGUAAAACAAAGUUUACAAAUAUUUAGGAAAUACAAAUCCAAGAAUCAUAGAAUUAAAAGUUUGUUGAAAGAAAAACUGAUAAUCAUUGUGUAUUAAUUCCUAAUGUUUGAAUCUUUCUAACAUAUUCUAACAAUGUUGAUGUGUAUUAAUAACGACUACUUUUUAUCACAUAAUCUUUUGGAAUAUAUAAAUAAGAAGGAUUUGUGU